AUGGCUGCUACGACAGCCCUUCAGCCGUUGGGUGAGGGAAUUGCUGGUUCUCCGACUGGCAAGAAAUCCUUCUCUCAGCUUUUCACGCAGCCAACGAAUCCUCAAAUCCAGGUUCGGCCAGUAUCUACAUACAAAGGGGAGGCUGCUGUGGUUUUUUCAAAGGAGGAUAUGGACAGGUUAGCGGCUCCCUUUCGCCUGGCACUUGUCGGAAAGUUCUCUCAUGGAUGGCCGCCGUUAGAAGAGAUUAGAAAGUUAUUCGCCACUCUGAACUUACGUGAUCAACUUUCUGUUGGCCUGCUGGACUAUAGGCAUGUUCUACUGAAGUGUUCAGCGGAGGCUGACUUCAAUUGGCUCUGGACAAGAGGCUUGUGGCAGAUCGACAAGUACCCAAUGCGUGUGUUCAGAUGGACCAGAGAAUUUCAUGUUCACAAGGAAUCUUCCUUGGUCCCGGUGUGGGUUUCUUUGCCCGCUUUACCCAUUCACUUUCAUGACAAGAACUCCUUGUUCUCAAUUCUAUCUCCCAUAAGGAAACCUCUUUUUUUGGAUGCAGCAACAACGACGAGUACGAGGCCAAGCGUGGCCAAGGCAUGUGUAGAAAUAGACUUGUUGAAGACACUCUGUUCAAGGGUAUGGGUUGCAGUGGAGGGAGAGGGCGGUUUCUGGCAGAAGGUGGUGAUGGAGGACGUCCCAAAAUAUUGUUUGAAUUGCUGGAGGUUGGGUCACUCAGAGGAGGAGUGUAGGAAGAACAUUGCUGCCAAUGGUGCAACUAAGGCGCAAUCCCAGGGGCACAGACCUUCAGCCACCGCUACGGCACCUGCGUAA